UUAAUGGAGGAAGAGGAGGAUGAGUCGCGGGCUCUGCUGGCCGGAGGCCCCGCCGAGGCCGCGGGAGGCGCCGGCGCUGCUCCCGGGACCGCCGGGGUGCUAGCGGCUCUCUGCGACCCCAGCCGUCUGGCGCAUCGGCUUUUGGUGCUAUUGCUUAUGUGCUUUCUUGGCUUUGGCAGCUAUUUUUGCUAUGAUAAUCCUGCUGCCCUUCAGACUCAGAUCCAACGGGAUAUGCAGGUGAACACCACAAAAUUUAUGUUCCUGUAUGCCUGGUAUUCUUGGCCCAAUGUAGUAUUGUGUUUCUUUGGUGGCUUUUUGAUAGAUCGAGUGUUUGGAAUACGAUGGGGUACCAUUAUUUUUAGCUGCCUUGUUUGCAUUGGACAGGUUGUUUUUGCUCUGGGUGGAUUAUUUAAUGCUUUUUGGCUGAUGGAAUUUGGAAGGUUUGUAUUUGGAACCGGUGGGGAGUCCUUAGCAGUUGCCCAAAAUACCUACGCUGUGAGUUGGUUUAAAGGCAAAGAAUUAAACCUGGUGUUUGGACUCCAACUUAGCAUGGCUAGAAUUGGAAGUACAGUCAACAUGAACCUCAUGGGCUGGCUGUAUUCUCAGAUGGAAGCUUCGUUGGGUUCUGCUGGUCACACAACGCUUGGAGUCACGCUUAUGAUCGGAGGAAUAACGUGUAUCCUCUCACUCCUCUGUGCCUUGGCUCUUGGGUACUUGGAUCAGAGGGCAGAAAGAAUCCUUCAUAAAGAGCAAGGAAAAACAGGGGAGGUGAUUAAGUUGACGGAUGUGAAGGACUUCUCCUUACCGCUGUGGCUCAUCUUUAUCAUCUGUGUCUGCUAUUACGUGGCGGUGUUCCCUUUCAUUGGACUUGGGAAAGUGUUCUUUAUGGAGAAAUUUAAAUUUUCCUCCCAGGCAGCAAGUGCAAUUAACAGUGUGGUGUAUAUCAUAUCUGCUCCCCUGUCCCCAGUGUUUGGGCUUCUGGUGGAUAAAACAGGGAAGAACAUCAUCUGGGUUCUGUGUGCCGUGGCGAUCACGCUGGUCUCCCACAUGCUGUUGGCCUUUACGCUGUGGAACCCCUGGAUUGCUAUGUGUCUUCUGGGAGUCUCCUAUUCAUUGCUUGCCUGCGCGUUGUGGCCAAUGGUGGCCUAUGUUGUUCCUGAGCAUCAGCUGGGGACUGCAUACGGCUUCAUGCAGUCCAUUCAGAACUUAGGGCUGGCCGUCGUCGCCAUCAUUGCUGGCCUGAUCCUGGAUACACGGGGAUAUUUAUUCUUAGAAGUUUUUUUCAUAGCCUGUGUUUCUAUGUCACUUUUGUCUGUGGUCUUCCUCUAUUUGGUGAAUCGUGCCCGUGGUGGGAACUUAAAUUAUUCUGCAAAACAAAGGGAAGAAAUGAAGCUUUCUCAUACUGAGUAA